CGGAGCAGCGAGAGAGCCGGUCGGAGCGCCCGCGCCGGCCAGUGUGUGUGCGCGCGACUUCCGCUGCACAAAAAUGCACUCGGAUGCCGCUGCUGUCAAUUUUCAGCUGAAUUCUCACCUAUCAACACUGGCAAAUAUUCACAAGAUUUACCACACUCUUAAUAGGCUGAAUUUGACGGAAGACGUUGGUCAAGACGAUCGUCAAACAGGAAAUCUCAGGUCUUGCAGUUCAUCAGACUGCUUUAGCAAAGUGAUGCCUCCAAGAAAAAAGAGGAGACCCACAGCGGGAGAUGACCUGUCAGCUAAAAAAAGUAGACACGAUGGCAUGUACAGAAAAUACGAUUCUGCUAGAAUAAAGACAGAAGAUGACAUGUUCUCAAGCAAAAGGUGCUUAGAAUGGUUCUAUGAAUAUGCUGGAACAGAUGAUAUUGUGGGUCCUGAGGGAAUGGAGAAAUUCUGUGAGGACAUUGGAGUUGAACCGGAAAAUGUAGUUAUGCUUGUUUUAGCUUGGAAGUUAGAUGCUCAGAACAUGGGUUACUUUACAUUGCAAGAAUGGCUAAAAGGAAUGACGUCCCUGCAGUGUGAUACAACGGAGAAACUAAGGAAUUCUUUGGAUUACUUGAGAUCCUUAUUGAAUGAACCCACAAACUUUAAACUUAUAUACAGAUACGCAUUUGAUUUUGCACGCGAAAAGGAUCAGCGAAGCCUUGAUAUAAAUACUGCCAAAUGUAUGUUAGGACUUCUUUUAGGAAAAACAUGGCCGCUCUUUCCAGUAUUUCACCAGUUCUUAGAGCAAUCUAAGUACAAGGUUAUCAACAAGGACCAAUGGUGCAAUGUUUUGGAGUUCAGCAGAACUAUUAAUCUUGACCUCAGCAAUUAUGAUGAAGAUGGAGCAUGGCCAGUGUUGCUGGAUGAAUUUGUGGAGUGGUAUAAAGAGAAACAAAUGACAUAGGAAUUUUAACUAUGCACAGCCGCUCAAGAGUCUUUGUUACUACAGUUAAGUCGACCAUUAGCCAUAAACUGCUAUUUGUAUUGAAGUGCAUGCUGCUUUUCCUGCACUGUAUUCCCAUUUUCAGGGAGUUUUUGGUGUUUUGCUGCUUAACAGGCCAGCUCCGCUAGCUGUGUGGCAUCGUUCUCUUCGAAGGCUGCUUUGCAUUUUGUAUCUACACUACAGAUGGUGAACUUACCAGCAUCCUCACUGUGAUUAUGUGUAUAUUGCUGUCUGAACUUUGUAUAUGUGUAUAAAAAGAAAAAGCUUCACCUAGGAGUUAUUUCAGCAGAAAUGUAUUGUAAAAAAUAAUUUUGUGGCAUAUUUCUAGCUACAUUCAAUAACCAUGUAACUUAAUUUUUAAUUUUCACUUGGUCUCAGACGUAGCAUUUCAGGGAGGGGAAACAAUGAUUGAUUGUUGGGACAGUUACCAUGAGAAGUUAUUGCCAGUUAGCAACGUUGGUUAAGAUGCCAUUUUUUGAAAGAAGUUACUGCAGUAUGAUUUCUUCUACAGCUGGAUGCCCAACAUUUAUUUAAUGAGCAAAUAUUGACUAUUUCUUUUUCUUUUUUUUUUAAAAAAAGAAUUAAAACCUUUGAACUGUUCCUGUUGUGAACAAUUUCCUUCAGGCACUCAAACCCUUUUAACUUGAAUUCGACCAAAUGCAGAUCAGGGCAGUUGUUAUUGACAGGAAAAUGAAAUUCAGAUAAAUGUGCAGUGGAGUGUGUUUGUUAAUGCAGUGUUCUCAAGAGUGCUACUUCUUACAUAGGAAUCCUUUGAAGCAGGAAAUCUCAAAAAAUAGGACCUGUUCCUACACUGAAGGCCUCCUCCGGCCUGAUUCCCAGCCACUUACUCCCUGCUGCUUCUUGCCAACCUCUCACCCUAGAGCGGACUUCCCCUCUUACUUUCUUUAACAUUAUACAUGCCACAGUAACUUCCAUUUGAUAAUAGUGCUGACUUCCUAAUAGUCAGAUGGCUGUACUUCACAAAUAGGCACAAGUGAUCGAAUUAAAGAUCUUACUUAGAGGGAUUUUUAAACUUGUAAAUUGGCAUAUUCCUUUAUUUUACUUUUGCUGUCCCAAAGUGUGUUGAUUCUUGAUGAGGAAAGCAAAGCUUUCCAUAAGAUUGAUGGUUAGCAUAGAUCUAUGGGUGGGAUUUGGGGUGGGGCGGGGUCUGGAAUUUAAAACUUCCCUAUGUUGUGAGGUCUUCAGGGUAUCUGAAGAACUGUGAUAGUCUCUUUCAGACCCUCCUUGCAGGCAAGAGGCAUGCUAAUCACAGCAUUAAGUCGUUCGUUUGGGACUAUUUUGCAUAUUCAUUUGCACAGGGAAGUUUAAGCCAUUGCUUGCUUGAGAAGGCUGAGUAGACUAAGGCACACGUUUUAUGUUACCCUUGCCUCAAUCGUCUUUAUCAUUAAAUCCUGAUUUUAACAAAAAAUGGUUAAGGAAUAGUAAACUUUUAUUUUGUCCCUGGGAAAAAAUUAAGAAAAUACCUCCAAGAAUCCAGUGACGUGUGUACAUAUAGACAGUUGUGGACUUGCAACUCUGUUAUUUUUGUCAGAAGCUAAAAAAAGGAGGCUUGGAAGGGGCAUAUGCCCUUGUGUGGGUCUCUCACAAACCCUCUUGUGUUCUAAAACCUUGAUUUAGCCGUAAGUAGCAAGUCUAUACAAAUCCCUGAUUCUAAUUUUCUGAAGUUACUGGCAGAAGAUGCUUGAUGAGGCUUGAGUACUUUUAAUGCAACUUUGUUUGUAUAGUUGUAGUGGACUGGGAUUCAAAGAGACCUUUGCGCCAAGUAUUCCCGCACGGCCCAUGUGGGUAAGAAUCUUCCCCUUCUAAUAGAAGCCCCUCAUAUAAUGGAAUAUCUUCCUAGAAAGGCCUCCAAAUGUUCGUGGAUUUGUAUAGGGCGUGGGGGCUGUCAAUGAGGAGGAGGAGGAGGAAAGUGCCCUCAAGUCAUAGUUUACUUACGGUGACCCCUGACGGGGUUUUCAUAGCAUGAGACUAACAGAGGUGGUUUGCCAUUGCCUGCCUCUGCAGCCCUGGUCUUCACUGGCGGUCUCCCAUCCAAUUACUAACCAAGGUCAACCCUGUUUAGCUUCUGAGAUCUGAUGAUAUCAGGCUUACCUGGCCUAUCCUGGUCAGGGCCAGUGUAAAGGGGGAGGCUGAAAAACCUUCUUAGGAUCCCAGUCAUGGCUUUUCCCAUAGUAUUUGGACUACAAAAAGCUAUAUUCUUGAAAAAGUGGAGUGAGAUACCUGUGGUAUGAGUAGGAGAAGAAUUUCAGGUCCCUUGCACUUUGUCUUGCUCCUGUACAUUUUGCUUUUUAUAUGAAAGCAAAUACAAGAUACACCCUACAGAACCUAUGGCAACAUGUUUUACAGGUAUGACAUUUCUACAGGGCUGAGUGUAUAUAAAUAUAUAAUAACUUCUGGUUUUAAGACUUACAGUAUAUAUAUAUAUAUAUAUAUAUACCAAUUGAGGAAGUGAAGUAGCAUGAGAGGUUAAAGUUUUUUUCUCUUUCAAACUGUGUCUGCUGAAUAAAUAAAACAAGCUUCCACUAAAUGGAGGCAGCAGCCAAAGAAAGUUCAUGCAAUCUACUUUUUAAAAUGAGGGCCAGCACAAAGGUAACAGAACUGUGACUAGCCAAUUCUUGCUUUAUAUUUUGUACUUAGCUGUGGAUAUUGGAGUACAAAACACAAGCACCUCAUCAUUGUGCAGUGGAAAUGUGUAAAGAUCCUCCCUUCGUAGCAUCCUGUCAGAAAUCAACAAGAAGCUUGUGUGUUUUGUAUUUUAAUACCCAUAUGUAAGCAGAAAACAGAGUUGGCCCUUGAUUUUGCCAAGGAAACAGCUCUGAAUUGAAGUGGUUUUCUGAUGCAGUUUUCCCUACUUUUAACCUGUGUGUGAGAGAGAGAGAGACAGAGAGAAGACCCAGUUGGCUUAUGGCCUGGAGUCUAAUUAGAAAUACUGACAGUACCAUUUAAGACACUUUCAUGUGUCUGCUUUCUGUGUUGUUCAGAAUGGCAUGCAUUUUUAAAUUAUUGGUGCAGUUACUGACUUUAAUUCAUUUUUCUAUUGGCUAAAAGAGCUAUGCAGGAGAUUCAGAACUUCUCCCUAUCACAGGCAAUGUUUUCUGAAUAAAUAGUAAAUUUCACUACAUUAAUUUCACUCCAUUAAUUUCCUAUGUUUUUUAAAAAAUUCAGUGGGAUUCUCUGAAUAGUUUUAAAUAGUGUUUUAAAGGGUUUUUUCUUUUAAAAGAAAUGUGGCAGUUUCAAUAAAUUGUCCCUCGCUUUUCUACAAGUCAUUCUGGUAAAACGUUCAUGAACUUUUCUCAUGUAAAAUAGAAAUAUGGUCAGUGUAGCUGUAAAAAAAAAGACCUGGUUCAAAACUAAUAUGAGUGGGAAACUGGCCACUGGAGAAAUCGGACUCCAUAAAUGAUGUCCAAAAGCAUCCUUGUGUAGUACCAAAGACAGACAGAUUAAACCUUGUUAUACUUCGGACUGGCUUUUAGCAUUAAAAAUUGAAUUCCAGAUUCAGGGCAAUAAAAGAACACGUACUUGUGAAACUUUCUUCUCCAAUAGACUGAAACCUAAUAUUGAAGAUUAAGAUGUGGUUAAUGUUGAUUAUAUUGUAUAUAUGAAAAAACUCGGAAAAAUGUUGCCCAAAGAACAGUUUCCCAGGGUAUAAACACACCAUAAAAUGUUUUUGAGUGUAUUGUGGAAUUAGCACACUUCAGUCUCACAAGCAGAGCCUUGUGUAGAUAUUCUGUAUAAACAACUUACAAUUUUCAGAAAGUGUGUGCCGUGGGUUUCCCCUACUUAGCAAGCACUGGUUGAAAGUCCCCCCCACCCCCUCUUUGGUGGGUAUUUGAAUGUAUAAAGUAAUUUGGAUUUCUCUUGUCCCUCGACAUGGAGCUCACACUGAUUAAAUACUCUGAAGCUGUAAUGAUUUGUUCUGUGGCUCUACAAAUUACAACUACUAAAUACCUAGUCCUUUCUCAUUGUUGUGCCACUGCAUAGAAUUUGUCCACCAACUUGAACUUGGCAAUUUCAGGCAAAAUGUGGGUUGUAUUACUAUUACAGCUAGAACAUGUUGCUGUUUGUAGAAACAGCAGUUUACCUGAUGGCCGUGACUUGCUUUUUUAUGUCUUUGGUAUUUCCAUAUUGCAACUUCAGUUGUGCUUAAAGUCCUGUGGCUCAACUUGAAUGUAGUACUGUCAUGCCACCUUAUCUGACUUUGGUAGACUGCAGUCUUCUGUGUAAAACUGAUAUCCCACAAAUAAACAGUAUUUGUGUUUUUA